AUGCCGCACAGCAUGGCCUCGGUCGCCGCUUGGCUGCCCUUCGCGCGGGCGGCGGCCAUCGGCUGGGUGCCCAUCGCCACGCACCCGCUGCCUCCGCCACCCGUGCCCAAGGACCGCCGCAAGACCUCUGGCAAGACCGACGACGAGAAGCUGCUCAUCAACGUGUCGGGACGGCGCUUCGAAACCUGGAGGAACACGCUAGAGAAGUACCCGGACACGCUGCUCGGUUCCAACGAGCGCGAGUUUUUCUACGACGAGGACAUCAAGGAGUACUUCUUCGACCGCGACCCUGACAUCUUCCGCCACAUCCUCAACUACUACCGCACCGGCAAGCUGCACUACCCCAAACACGAAUGCCUUACCAGCUACGAUGAGGAACUCGCGUUCUUCGGCAUCUUGCCGGAUGUCAUUGGUGUUUCAUUAUUUAUAGUUUAA